UAUUUUAAUAUAGCAACCCUAUCAUUACAGUUUGGUUUGCUGAUUGCUUGUCAUUAAAAAAUAUCAAUUUUGAUUACUCACGAAGUGUUGUAUCAAAAUUUGUUGAUAAUUCUGUAAAAGUUUAACUUUCUAUACAAUAAAUAAAGAUGUUUUUAACACGCUCAGAAUACGAUCGAGGGGUGAAUACCUUCAGCCCUGAAGGUAGACUUUUCCAGGUGGAAUAUGCUAUAGAAGCGAUUAAGCUAGGUUCAACUGCUAUCGGUAUUUGCACUUCUGAAGGUGUUGUGUUGGCCGUCGAAAAAAGGAUUACUUCACCACUUAUGGAGCCAACAACCAUUGAAAAGAUUGUUGAAGUAGAUCGGCACAUCGCCUGUGCUGUGUCAGGAUUGAUGGCUGAUUCAAGGACCCUCAUUGAGCGUGCGCGUGUUGAAUGUCAGAACCACUGGUUUGUGUACAAUGAGCGGAUGAGCGUCGAGUCCUGUGCGCAAGCCGUCUCUAACCUGGCUAUACAGUUUGGUGACAGUGAUGACGAUAGUGGUACAGCUAUGUCUCGGCCGUUUGGCGUGGCUGUUAUGUUUGCUGGUAUUGACGAGAAAGGCCCUCAACUCUUCCACAUGGACCCGAGUGGUACAUUUGUGCAAUACGACGCUAAAGCAAUCGGCUCGGGUAGUGAAGGAGCUCAACAGAGCUUGAAGGAAAUCUACCACAAGUCGAUGACACUCAAAGAAGCUAUAAAGUCAGCGCUUACGAUUCUCAAACAGGUUAUGGAAGAGAAACUAUCGGAGAAUAACGUAGAAGUUGUCACCAUGACUCCAGAUUCCAUGUUCCAUAUGUUCUCGAGGGAACAACUCGCUGAGGUUAUUAAGGACAUCCCUUAAGUAGUUCGACGGUUGAGUUUAUUUCUUACUAAUAGUAAUUUAUAUAUUUUUUAUGACAAGUUUAAGCUUUGAUACAAUAUCAGUAAUUUAUUACACAUAAAAUAACAAGGUAAAGACGAAAAGAAAAUUGGCACAAAAAAUGUCAACUGAAGUUUUUGGCGGGAAAGUUAUGGUUACAUAAAAUUGCGCUUUUCUAAAGUACAGCAAUAACUGGUUCUAUUUACUAUGUACGAUAUGAAUUAUUAUUUAGUAUUGAAAUAAACUCGACCGAAAUUUAGAGUAUUUAGUAAUAUUUUGAGUAAAUUGUUUUUCAUUGUAGAUUAGUUAGUAUCAUAUGGAAAAGACAAAGUUAUGUCAAUGGUAAGUGGUAUUAAAUUAAUAGACAAUUUGUUUGAUUAUAAAUAUUUUUAUUUAUGUG